AUGCAUCUCGCCACGCUCCUCCCACUCCUCCCCCUCGUUGCCGCCCACUCCACCCUGCAGCCCCGCCAAUCCAACUGGCCCGCCUGCCAGAGCACUAUCUCCUGCAACUUCUGGGACAUCGAGUCCGCCACCAUGCAAUCCCGCCUGGACUACAUGCAGUACAUGCAAGCCACGCACUUCGCCCCCCUCAACGCCAGCACGCGCUUCCGCGCCAUCGAGGGCGUCAUCAUGUUCUUCCUGUCCGAGAACCUGGGCGCCCCCGGUUCCUGGGUCAGCGCCGUCGACGCCGGCAUCAUCGAAGGCAUCCAGUCCGGCGCGGCGCAGGCGCUCGGCCAGCAGGUCGCCGUAUCGGCCCCGCCCGCGGACAACAACCCGGGCAUUGACGUGUGGGCGCAGUACUACGCCGGCCAGCGCGCGCCGGGCGGGUAUCCCACGCGGCAAACGCACGACGCCGCGUGGGGGGAGGCCGAGGCCACGAGCACGGAAUGGGCCAAGGAGCAGGUGGCGGACGCGGUGCAGACGGCCACGAGGCGGGAGCUGAACUGGUACGAGUUCACGAAGCUGUUCCGCUGGAUCCUGCGCAAUGAGGACUUGACCAUCUUGCUGCUGCGGCCAAUUUUCCUCACGCGCGCCGACGACUUCGUCUUCUGGCUGACGGACACGACGCGCUUCGAGCCCGCCCUGUGCGGCAGCCAAGCCGCCUGGGCCAUCUCCGGCACGCUGACCUUCGAUCUCGAGGGCAUCGUGUCCCUCCCUGCCAACGUCAUUGAUCUGCUGCGCGCGAUAUACGAUUGUGGGAGUGACUUCAUUGAGGAGGAGCAGUCUUGA